ACCGUACAGCCUCGGAGAGACCAGCAGUGAUGACAGGACCAGACUCCAAAUAACUGAUAUAACGUGGCAGACUCGUUUAGGUUCACACUGUGGGAAGAUCGGCGCGCGCGUAUGAGAUCGUGAACAUGCAACAGAAGCCCUUGCGGUGUCGUGGAAUGAUUUAUUUAACAACUCCUGUUUGCCUUAUAUAUGCUAUUUCUAUUAUUCUCCAACUUGUCACUCUUGAAUGAAGGACACAAUUUUUUUUUAGCUACCAUCUGUUCUCUUUUUAAACUUGAAAUCCAGACUGGGUGACGGUCAUCAAUAUGCAUGAGUCAUUAAGCUCCGGGCUUCCCCGGUUUCUCUUUUAUUGAUCGGCGUCUGAGCUGCUCUGAUAACAGCCAAAUGACAAGAUGAGAAAACUCGGGUACCAUGUCUUAUCCACGCAGACUGGAGAGUAAUUGUCGCGUAUUAUGGAGACAGUGACGGACAGGUUGAUCGUGAUGGAUGUGAGGUGUCGGUUCGUCUUCACGGUCUGCGCGCUUCUGCUCAUGAUCGCGCGCACUGACGGCUCUCCGUUCACCGACUGUGUUCAGAGCAAAGGGAAAGCUGGCUUUUACGAGGGGUCCAUUGACGCAACCGAAUCAGGCGUGAAGUGCAUGAACUGGAGCGAUGUGCCUGGUGUUACAGACCGGUAUCAAGGAAAAGGACUCGGAGAUCACACUUUCUGCCGAAAUCCGGACGGGAGAAUUCGGCCCUGGUGCUUCUUCACGAACAACAGAGGACGCAUUGACUGGGGCUACUGCGACUGCAAACAGGGCUCUUUGCGACUGCAGGGAGGCAGAUCUAAGCUGGAUGGUACAGUUGAAGUGUAUCUGAAUGGUGUGUGGGGAACCAUCUGCAGCAACGGCUGGGAUGACCGAGAUGCCGCUGUGGUGUGUCGACAGCUGGGACAGGGCUAUAGAGCACAUGCACGUGUGAGUCCUCUGUCACGUCUGGUGGUGUCUGUAGUUCACUGGCAGACUGUGGGCUGUGAAGGACAGGAAGACGAUUUACUGCAAUGCAAUCGCACCGUCUGGAACGGGGGAGAGUGUGAGAAUCGCCAGGCGGCUGCUGUUUCUUGCAUGCCAGUGGAGGCUUCAGUGUUUGUCCCAGUGCGUCUCUCUGGUGGUCCAUCUGCAUAUGAGGGCAGAGUAGAGGUGUAUCAUGCAGGACAGUGGGGCACAGUGUGUGAUGACCAAUGGGAUGAUAACGACGCUGAGGUUGUCUGCAGGCAGCUAGGCUUAGGUGGCAUUGCGAAGGCUUGGGUGGGAGCUUAUUUCGGCGCAGGCUCGGGGCGUGUGUUUUUGGAUGAGGUGAGCUGCACAGGAAAUGAGCUUUCGAUAGAGCAGUGUCCAAAAACUGCCUGGGGGGAGCAUAACUGUGACCACACAGAGGAUGCUGGAGUAUCCUGUGUACCACUAACAGAUGGUGCAGUGCGUCUGGUUGGAGGUGUGAAGGGUUAUGAAGGGAGACUGGAGGUCCAUUACAGAGGACAGUGGGGGACUGUGUGUGAUGAUGGCUGGACACAGAUCAACACACAGGUCGUCUGCAGGCAGCUGGGUUUCAGGUCAGGGGAGAGCGUGUCAGCAGGGCGGUUCGGGAAAGCGGCGGGUCCUGUUCUCUUGGAUGAUGUGCGCUGUACUGGAAAAGAGCCCACUGUCACACACUGCAGCCGAAGGGGUUGGUUUAAACACGACUGCACUCACAGACAAGAUGUAGCCAUUGUGUGCAGCCCCCAACGCUCCAGACAUGGAGUGCCUAACAGCGGCUGCUGUUUUUCUUGCAUGCCAGUGGAGGCUUCAGUGUUUGUCCCAGUGCGUCUCUCUGGUGGUCCAUCUGCAUAUGAGGGCAGAGUAGAGGUGUAUCAUGCAGGACAGUGGGGCACAGUGUGUGAUGACCAAUGGGAUGAUAACGACGCUGAGGUUGUCUGCAGGCAGCUAGGCUUAGGUGGCAUUGCGAAGGCUUGGGUGGGAGCUUAUUUCGGCGCAGGCUCGGGGCGUGUGUUUUUGGAUGAGGUGAGCUGCACAGGAAAUGAGCUUUCGAUAGAGCAGUGUCCAAAAACUGCCUGGGGGGAGCAUAACUGUGACCACACAGAGGAUGCUGGAGUAUCCUGUGUACCACUAACAGAUGGUGCAGUGCGUCUGGUUGGAGGUGUGAAGGGUUAUGAAGGGAGACUGGAGGUCCAUUACAGAGGACAGUGGGGGACUGUGUGUGAUGAUGGCUGGACACAGAUCAACACACAGGUCGUCUGCAGGCAGCUGGGUUUCAGGUCAGGGGAGAGCGUGUCAGCAGGGCGGUUCGGGAAAGCGGCGGGUCCUGUUCUCUUGGAUGAUGUGCGCUGUACUGGAAAAGAGCCCACUGUCACACACUGCAGCCGAAGGGGUUGGUUUAAACACGACUGCACUCACAGACAAGAUGUAGCCAUUGUGUGCAGCCCCCAACGCUCCAGACAUGGAGUGCCUAACAGUUUACCUGUGAGGCUGGUGGGCGGAGAAAAUGAAAGAGAGGGGCGUGUGGAGAUCAUGGUGGGUGGCCAGUGGGGGACAGUGUGCGAUGAUGGAUGGACGGAUCGGGACGCAGAAGUGGUGUGCAGACAGUUGGGUUACAGUGGGCUGGCUAAAGCUCGUGUAAUGGCAUAUUUUGGGGAAGGCGACGGUCCUAUCCACAUUGACAAUGUAAAGUGUACAGGCGGGGAACAUUCCCUGACUGACUGCAUCAAACAGCCAUUCGGGAUGCACAACUGUCGCCAUAGUGAAGAUGCCGGUGUUAUUUGUAACUAUGGGUUACAGCAGGAUUCUCCUGGGGUCAAAGAGGCAGUUGGCUCCAUGUGUGGUCUAAGACCCUCUCACACACGUCAGAAGAGAAUUAUAGGAGGAGAAAACUCUCUACGUGGUGGCUGGCCGUGGCAGGCAGCUGUGCGUUUACGGGGCUCUCAGGCAGAUGGACGCUUGGUAUGUGGAGCCACUUUGAUCAGCAGCUGCUGGAUCCUCACCUCAGCUCACUGCUUCAAGAGGUAUGGGAACAGCACUGGACUGUAUAAAGUUCGUGUUGGUGACUAUCACUCUCUGGUCCCUGAGGAGUAUGAGGAAGAGUACGCUGUAGAGAAGAUCGUCCUUCACCCACGCUACCAUUCAGACAGCAGCGACUAUGACCUGGCACUUCUGCGUGUGUCUGGACACAGAGCUCACAGGGGUGUCACAGGCCAAUGCGUCACACUGAGCAGAUCCGUGCUGCCCGCCUGUCUGCCAGUGCGGAGAGAGAAAGUGCCAAAGGGCACCGCCAACUGUUACAUCACAGGCUGGGGAGAUACAGGUCGUGCAUAUUCCAAAACUCUCCAGCAGGCCUCCAUUUCUGUGUUGAGCAAGCGUCAGUGUGAGCAGCGCUACUCGGAGCAGUUCACCAAUCGCAUGCUGUGCGCCGGCUCGUCCCAUGAUGCCCAGCGUGUGGACUCCUGCCGCGGUGAUAGCGGUGGUCCGCUGGUGUGCGAGAGGCCGAGCGGGAGCUGGGUUGUUUAUGGGGUCACAUCAUGGGGUCAUGCGUGUCGCCUGCAGGAAGCACCCGGGGUUUACACCAAAGUCUCCGCCUUCGUGCCCUGGAUUAAGAAGGUCAUUGGCCAGUAGAAAAUGAUGGUGAACAAAAUAGUAUUCUGACUUUGUGGGCUAAAAGAUGAAGCACAUUUUAGAUUAUAUUUUAAAAAUUAAUUUCUUAAGACAAGCUGAAAUUAACUUCCGAACAAGUCUUAAAUGCCAGAGAGAAAGGCUAUGUUUUGCUUUAAAGGGGCUAUAUGUACAAAUUUUCAUGUCUUUUAUUGCCAUUGUGAGGUUGUCUAUGAAAGCCUGUAGACAGAUAGUUAUGUGAAGGACUGUAAAAACAGUAGUUGUACUGAAUAUUAUUUAUGCUAUCUAUUAAAUUACCCAAUACAUUUUAUUUUUUAAAGCUCACCCCCAACCCUGAACCCAACCAUCACAAUAACAGUACUGUAAAAAUAUAAAUUAUUGUUAUACAGUGUCUAAAAUGCUGCUACUGUUUAUUGAUGUGCAUAUCACACUUCUAGCCGGCCAUGUAUCCGAUCCAGACUUUACCGCAUACCUCGGUUGUAACCAGUGGUUAUUUGAGUUACUAUUAGCUCGAAUCAGUCUGGCAAUUCUCCUCUGACCUCUGGCAUCAACAAGGCAUUUGCGCCACAGAACUAGUAACAAUAAUUACAAACUUUAAUAGAAUUCUUAAACUAAAAGUGAACUGAAAUACUGUAAUAUAUUGUAUUGUAUUUGGGGGUGCUUUGUAACUUUCAUUCUCCUGAUUAUCUUGUGUGCAGUAGGAGCUAACAGUGGUUUCUGAAGUCUACAUAUAGCCCAUUUAAGUGUGGAGUGAUGAAGGGACGCUCUAAAACCAGAAAAAAUAUGCGGCAUUUCUUCUUUCUUUCUGCCAACACAACAAACAUUCCAGAUAUGCGAGUCCCAUCUCACUCUCAAUACACUACAAUUAUAUAGUAUAAAUACAGCACUACAACAUACAAGAGAGAGAGAGAGAGAGAUCGACUUAGAAUAUCACUUACCAUUAUAAUAAUGAUUUGUUCAGCUGUAGUUAGAAAUUACGCUGUUUUAAUCUUCUAAGUGCUUAUUAUGCAGUCUCCGUCGCCAUCUUGUGGAUAAACAACGUCAACCGUCUUUGGUCUGUUCAAUGACAGGCUAAUGGUCGCCAAACUGUAUAGUUGCAAUCUAAACAACUACUUUCUCGACAAAAAAGCCUCAAAAGUACAUUAUGUUGCCCACAGCAGCAAUAUUUGUCAAACUGUAGAGCGUCCUCAGCAUUGUUCUGUAUGCUUGUUGCUGUGUGUGGGCGGAGUAAUACAGAAGGGUGAAGAGGCUGGUCGAGUGCUGUUACUGGCAAAGCACGACAAGCAUCAGCCAA